AUGAAACAUGAAGUAAAAAAAGGAGAAAGUAACACAUCAUCAGUGAUGCAGUUUUUACUGCUGGGAUUUUCUGACCUUCCAAAUCUCCAAGAGUUUCUAUUUGGAGUGUUCUUCAUUAUUUACAUAAUUAUUAUUCUUGGAAAUAGUCUCAUAAUAAUGUUAAUCAGACUUGAUCCUGUGUUACAGAAACCAAUGUAUUUUUUCCUUGCAAAUUUUUCUUUUUUGGAAAUCUGUUAUGUGUCUGUCAUUCUCCCCAGGAUGCUGGUGACCGUUUGGACUCAGGAUAGAAGUAUUUCUUUACUGGAAUGUGCCACGCAAAUGUGUUUUUUUCUUGUAUUUGGGGCCACUGAAUGUUUCCUCCUGGCAGUGAUGGCUUAUGACCGCUAUGUGGCCAUUUGUAACCCUCUGCACUACCCUCUAGUCAUGAAUGAAAAGAUCUGUGUUAACCUAGCAUUUGGCUCUUGGGUUAUAGGUAUGCCUGUCCAGAUUGGGGAAACAGUUCAGAUUUUCUCCUUGCAGUUCUGUGACUCUAACCAAAUUAACCACUUCUUCUGCGACAUCCCUCCUAUUAUCAAAUUGGCCUGUGGGAAUACUUUUAUUAAUGAGAUGGUUGUCUAUGUAGUAACUAUGUUGAUUGCUGCAGUCCCUUGUAUGUGGAUACUCAUUUCCUACGGCAAAAUAAUUUCCACAAUUCUGAAGUUGCCCACAGCGUCUGGAAGAGCGAAAGCCUUCUCCACAUGUUCUUCCCACCUGCUAGUAGUAGUUUUAUUCUUUGGGUCUGCUGCCAUCACCUACUUCAGACCCAAAUCCAACCACUCUCCUGGAACAGACAGACUCUUCUCCCUUUUCUACACCAUUGUGACUCCCAUGUUUAAUCCCAUGAUAUACAGUCUAAGAAACAAGGAUGUUAUUGCCUCGUUAAGAAAAUUAUUUCUCACAAAAUAG